AUGCCGGGUUUGCGGGUCUGGAGUGCGUUCUGCAGGUUUGUCCUGCUACCUUUCCUGACGCCAUGCACACUGGUGCUAGUUUGGGUUCCAGAGUCUCUCUCUCAUCCGCAGCCGUGCCAGGUCCUGAAGCGGAUCGGGCACACGGUGAGAGUCGGGGCCGUUCACCUGCAGCCCCGGGGCUACCGCAACCACGCUGUCGUGGAGAGGGACUUCGCGGAAGACGGAGAUACCGAGGGAGAAACGAGAGGCGCCGGGGAGAAAGAGUUUGAAAUCCGCACUCAAAGUGGGAACGAGUACGGUUUGAGAAUCGGUAGAACUCGGAGCCCAUUAGACAACCUGCACAAGGGCGCCGCAAAAAGUAAAUAUGCUAACAAAAGUGUAGAGCGGGAAACGAGUGUGUUUUUACCGAGGGAAUCAAUGCUGCUCGCCAUGGACACGCUUAACCGCAUGACAGGUUUGUUACCUUACAACUUGUCUUUGGAGGUUAUCAUGGCCGUUGAAGCCGGUCUCGGGGAGUUGCCCGCGUUUUCAUUUUCCUCUUCGCCCUCCCCAGUGUUUUCAGAUCCUCUGUCUUUUCUACAAAGUGUUUGUAAUACCGUAGUAGUCCAAGGAGUGUCCGCGAUAAUGGCUUUUCCACACAGCCGGGACGACAUUGUGGAGUUGGAAUUCAUAUCCUCCUCACUUCAAAUCCCCGUGAUCAGUAUCGUGGAAAACGAAUUCAAACGGCAAAGUAAGAAUCCACUGCAUCUUCAGAUGAAAAUGCGGAAUCCCCCAACUCCUCAGGUGAAACUUCUUUUUUCCCUUCUGUCCAUGAACAGCUGGUAUGAUGUCAGCCUCGUGCUGUGUACAGAAUGGAACAUCUCAGACUUUGUCUCUCUGCUGCGCAAUAAUUCCAAAUUUCACCUGGGACCCAUCAUCAACAUCUCCAUUAACAGCAGCACAAAACCUGACCUGCAGUCGUCUCUGCAAGGUUACCUGGAGUCCAUAAAAGACUCCACAUCGACGGUGGUGACAUUUGGAUGUGACAUUAAGGACAUUAGGAAGAUAUUCAGCACUGUUUCUAAGUUUGGUUUGGACCUACCCGGGUACCAGUGGAUUUUGGGGGACUCGCAGAAUGUGGAAGAGCUACGCACCGAGGGCCUGCCGAUGGGGAUCCUGGCCCAUGGGAAGAUGUCAGAGCCCACGCUGGAUCACUACGUGCAGGAUGCCUUGGAGCUGGUGGCCAGGGCCGUAGGCACUGCAGCUUUCAUUUCCCCAGAACUCGCUCUGCUUCCGACCACCACUAACUGCAUGGCCAUGCAGGAGACAACACUGACCUCAGGGAAAUAUCUGUCCAGGUUUCUGGCCAACACGUCGUUCGAUGGCCUGAGCGGUUACAUCCGGUCACAGGAGGAGACGGUGAUCACUUCAGAGGGACACUACUUCAUCUGGAACCUGCAGCACGACCCCAUCGGAAACCCAAUGUGGACCAGGCUGGGGCGGUGGAAGGAAGGGCGAGUGCUGAUGGAUUAUGGGAUAUGGCCGGACAAGGCGCAGCGCCACCGGAGCGAGGGCUGGAGGCACUCGUCUCGGCUGCAGCUGAGGGUGGUGACCCUGGUGGAGCACCCGUUCGUCUUCACUCGGGAGGUGGAUGAGGACGGCAUGUGUCCCGCAGGGCAGCUCUGCCUGGAUCCCCUGACUAACAACACGGCUGUGCUCCAGAGGCUGUUCCAGGGGCUCAACGACACCAUCCCCCUCGAGUUGAAGAAGUGCUGCUACGGCUACUGCAUCGACCUGCUGGAGAAGCUGGCUGAGGACAUGGGCUUCGACUUUGACCUCUACAUCGUGGGAGAUGGGAAGUACGGUGCCUACAAGGGUGGCCGCUGGACCGGGCUGGUGGGCGACCUCCUGAGCGGGGCGGCCCACCUGGCCGUCACCUCCUUCAGCAUCAACUCCGCCCGCAGCCAGGUGAUGGAUUUCACCAGCCCCUUCUUCUCCACCAGCCUGGGCAUCCUGGUGAGGACCAGGGACACGGCCGCCCCCAUCGGGGCCUUCAUGUGGCCCCUGCACUGGAGCAUGUGGCUGGGGAUAUUUGUGUCUCUGCAUGUGACGGCCAUCUUCCUCACCCUGUACGAGUGGAGGAGCCCCUUCGGCAUGACGCCCAAGGGCAGAAACAGAGCCAAGGUCUUCUCCUUCUCCUCGGCCCUCAACGUCUGUUACGCCAUACUGUUCGGCAGGACGGCCGCCAUUAAACCGCCAAAGUGCUGGACAGGGAGGUUCCUCAUGAACCUGUGGGCCAUUUUCUGCUUGUUCUGUCUGUCCACGUACACAGCCAAUCUGGCUGCUGUGAUGGUUGGGGAAAAGACCUAUGAGCAGCUCUCAGGAAUUCAUGAUCCCAAGCUCCAUCACCCAUCCCAAGGUUUCCGCUUUGGGACUGUUCGAGAGAGCAGCGCAGAGGAUUAUGUGAAGAAAAGCUUCCCAGAGAUGCACGAAUACAUGAGACGAUACAACGUGCCAGCAACUCCUGACGGCAUAGAUCGCCUCAAGGAUGAUCCUCAGAAACUGGAUGCCUUCAUUAUGGACAAAGCCCUCCUAGACUACGAGGUUUCAAUAGAUGCUGACUGUAAGACACUCACUGUGGGAAAGCCAUUUGCAAUUGAAGGAUAUGGGAUCGGCCUUCCACAGAACUCCCCGCUCACCUCAAACAUCUCUGAGCUGGUCAGUCAGUACAAGUCCGAUGGCUUCAUGGACAUGCUGCAUGACAAGUGGUACAAAGUGGUGCCGUGUGGCAAGAGAAGUUUUGCUGUCACAGAGACAUUGCAGAUGGGCAUCAAACAUUUCUCAGGGCUGUUUGUGAUGCUGUGUGUAGGAGUUGCAUUGUCCCUUCUUACCACGUUAGCUGAGCACAUUGUCUACCGGCUGGUUAUUCCAAGGAUGAAAAAAAAGCCUCGGUUCAAGUACUGGCUUCACACAAGUCAGAGAUUACAUCGAGCACUUAACUCAUCCUUCAGUGAAGACAAACCGCAAACAAUGGACAAAACAGAAAAAAGGUGUAACGUUGGGAAAAACCUGCAAAUGCCGUGGAACACCUCCGACAACUCAAAUUGCAACAGACAAAAGCUUCCCAUCCCUGCGGCCCAGCAGAAUGACUUGGAGUUUAUGCAGUGCAAAGACCGCCCAUCUCCCCAGGAGUUUACGCAAUGCAAAGACCUUGCUCCUUCCCAGCUUAAAAGAGUUCUCCCAUUGCAGGCCACCUCCAACGGCAAGACGGACUUGCUGGGCCUGGCCCAGAAUCCUGUGCUCCAAGAGCUCUCAGACCUGGAGACGCAGAUAAAGGUCAUCAAGCAGGAGCUACAGUUAGCCAUAAAUAAGAAGAAAGAACUAGAGCAAUACCAGCAGCAAAACAUGACAACAUUAUCCGAGAGCAGUGCGUGAGAUCAGCUCUGAAGCUAAG